AUGCCGCGCGAAUAUCUCGUUACGAUGUUGUUACCUGCUAUUGGCCAUUUUGUUAACGGUAGUCAAAUUCGAACAAACACUGGAACGCCAACGAAUAUCUCAUUUUUUACAACAAUUAUUGGGUAUCCAAGCGUAAAUAAAUCAAGUGCAACAGAAGCAAUUCUGAAUGCAUGUCUGACUAUUGAAAAACAUAUUGGUAUAAAACCAGAAGAAAGUCGAGUCAAUUGUAGUGCUACUGUCGAAUCACUCUUAACUGAACUUAAAAAUGCGUCGCCUAGGCUCAUUCAAAUUUGGGACGAAGCUGUUACUCUUUUGCAAUCAUUCGGUCUCUAUAAACAAGGUGGUGCUGCCUAUGAUCGCUCUAUAAUGUCCACGUUGUAUAACUCGUCUGCUCUUGUUAGACGUCAAACUAAAUCAGGAAAUAUUGCAGUAAAAAAUCCUGUACUCAAUAUUGCUGCAGCAGCACAUCCAGCUGAUAUAUUUUCGUCUGUAUCUAGCCAACUAACAAAAGAAAAAACUACUUCUUCUCACAAAGCAGCAACGUACUUUUCAAAGGUUGUAAUUGAUCCAAAUUGGGAUACGGAAACAUUGAACAGCUUCAGUAAGAAACUGGCCCAAUAUAAUAUUUCCCUCAAAGCAUAUCAAGCAUCAUUUAACACUGAACCAAGUACUUAUACAACCGAAGAAGAAACAACAGGUGACGAUAACAGCAUGGAUCUUUCACCUUCACGUGAAGAUAUUGUAAUAUCUCCACCACAACCAACUAUUCCACCACGUAUAGGUAUUCAAACAACUGCUUCUCAAAGUACGAAUCGUGGCUUUCUAACACCACCACCACCACGACGUAACUUAAAAACAUUGCAACGCAAUCGAACACAAAUAAGCGACUAUUUUGCAGCAGCCAGCAACUUGACACCACAAAAAUAUAUAUAUCCAGCUCCUUCACCAACUAAAAAAAAACAGAAUCGAACCAAUCGAACUACCAACAUCAGUUUUUGCGUCUCCUCGUAG